AGAAGGCGAGAAGGGAGAGCUGUUUGCUGCUCAACGUAACUUUACCAGGUUUUCUCAGAUUUUAUUUGCAUUGGAAUACUCGCUUUAAAGGAGCUUGAGAGACUGUGCAGGUGGAGAGUAGUACUUUCCCUGAAAAGCAAAAUGUCCAGCGACCCCCCUCCUCCCUAUCCAGGGGGACCCAGCGCCCCUGUUCUUGAAGAAAAGAAUAAACAUCCUCCGGUCUCUGUUACCCAGUUGUAUCCAUCCUCGACUGCUGCACACCCCUACCCUGACAGAGGAGAGCCGUACCUAACACACGGCCUGACAGCAGGCCCAGCCCCGGUAAUGACUGGACCCCCACAUGGACAGCCGUUGCCUCCAGAAUAUGGUCCCCCACCUUAUGAAGCCACAAUGCAGCCAGGGUUCAUUCCGCCACAUGUGCCAGGCGAGGGCCCUAUGCCCAUGCCCGACCCACAUGGUGGUUACUACCCUCAUCCUGGGCACUACCCCCACCCUAUGCCAGGGCAGUUUGGUCCAGGGCCCAGUCAUUUUGCCCCGCCUGUGGGACACACGGCCACGGUGAUUGGCCCACCAGGCACCGCUACAACAGUUACAGUGUUGCAGGGUGAGUUAUUCCAGUCAGCACCAGUGCAGACGGUGUGCCCGCAUUGCCAGCAGACCAUAGUUACGCGCAUCAGCCAUGACGUGGGCCUCAUGAACACGCUCUUCUGUCUUUUCUGCUUUUUCGUGGGUUGCGACCUCGGUUGCUGCUUGAUCCCAUGUCUGAUCGAUGACCUCAAGGAUGUAACACACACCUGCCCCAACUGCAAGGGCUACAUCUACACAUACAAACGCAUAUGCUAACAGUGUCCCUCAGCAACCCUCAGCGAUUGUACCGAGAUCUCAUGGCUCUGCACCUCUCCUCUUUUCCUUUACUGCUCUGUGUGCCGUGCUCCAUUUGGCCCAGGUUUUUGUUUUUUACUAGGUGUUUAUUAUCAGCUACUGACUGUAUAUAACUAUGUACAGGGUUUAGAUUCAGUUUUUGACACUGCAAGUUAAUUUAAAACAAAACCUGUUGUAGGAAUAUGAGGUAGCAGACCUCAGUGAAGAAGGGAUGACGAGUCAGUACUUUUUAUAUGCACAAUGCAAAUAUUCAUUCAUAGUGUUGUGAAGGUGCUGUUGGGAUUUUUGUACUGAUUCUUGAUAAAGCAGCUAAGGUUUGCUACAAUUUGGAGAAGGAACAGUCACUUUAUUAAUCAUUGUGGAGCAGGUAGCAGAACUGAACUAUGAAGCCUGUUUCAGGGUCAAUGUUAAUUUUAUUCGAAUGAUUUCAUGUCAUUAUUUUAUGCAUUUUAAUGUUAAUGCUUAAUUGAAAGCCUGUAAGGGCUGUAUCUGUGACAACAGUAAUGGCCAAGGACUAUAGUCGUAGUUUCAGAAUGAUGGUGUUUUAAUGACAUGAGAACACUGUUGUAUGUAUAUUUAGUGUCUCCUGAUAACACACUGCUGUGUAGAAUGUGCAGAUGUACAUGAAGAUUUCUUGAGCUUAUAUGAAAUGCAAUGCAGCCGUCCAUAACAAUCGUCUGUGUGAUAUAAAAAAGAUAUAAGACGUGUCAUGCACCAUCUUUAAGUGGUGCCAUUGCUACACUGUCCAUUUUCAUGUUCGUAUCAUAUACAGGUACAGUGUCUGAAAAAAGUAUCCCCAAUUAUUAACACACAGAGCAGUAUCAAGGAUGGAGAGUCACGCACUGCUCUCCAUUAUUCACUAUCUCUGUGCAGAUGCCUUUAACCAGCCAGCCAAGGCCGAAAUUACAGCAGUAAUUUAUUUAAAUUACAGCAGUUUUUAUUUAAAAUUGGGCUUCAAUUUAAAUUGGGCAUAGAGUUUUAAUCCAAGAUUUCCUCUGUAAUGCAGAAUGACAGUUAAAUUUUGAGGGGUAGCCUGACCUAAGCAGUUUGGCUGUAAUUUCACCCUCACCUCCCCCAACAUAAUGUGUUACUUUACACUGAAGCUAAUCCUGGGAUAACAAGAGGCAAAAAUACUUUUUUAUUUGCUGAUGACUGAUGCCAGUGCAACUGGAAAAAUUAGUACUUGAACUGUAUGAUUUAGACAAUGAAAUAUUAAAAUAGUUUGGGGAUGUAUACUUUUUCAAGGCACUUUGUGUCUAUUGCUGUUCUGUUAAACUGUGAAUGUUUUACCUAAAACUAUCCACCCUUGUGGCUACCUGUUUCUUCCCCUCUUUUUCCACUAUACCAUGUUAACAGCUUUCUUACCUGUAAUAACAUUACUAUCAUUUCUAAGGCAGCAUGACGGAAGCCAGAAGGAAGUUAAAUAAUCAAUCAACCUUUUCCUCUCUAUGUUUGGGUAAAGUUGUAGGGGCCAGAUCUAGCUUUUUUUUCUACCAGUUACUAAAAUAAAACAGAUAGCUUUAUGUUGCGCACAUUUACAAAUGAAUGCAUACAUACACACCCAAUUCUAGUGUACAUACCUAUGUUACAUUACUCAGUCUUUAUACACUGAUCAGCCAUAACAUUAAAACCACCUCCUUGCUUCUACACUCAUUGUCCAUUUUAUAAGCUCCACUUACCAUAUAGGAGCACUUUGUAGCUCUACAAUUACUGACUGUAGUCCAUCUAUUUCUCUGCAUGCUUUUUUUAGCCUGCUUUCACCCUGUUCUCCAAUGGUCAGGACCACCACAGAGCAGGUAUUAUUUAGGUGGUGGAUCAUUC